AUGAGUUUGCGGGUUGUUCAGUUGGGUCUCCGUGUGUGGGAGUUUUUGUGGACUGUCCUCAUCAUGUCCCUUGUUGGUAAUAUGAUCGCCGAGGCAUUCGCCGGCAACCCGAGCUCGAUCAACUAUGUCAUGUUCGUGUCGGCGUUCUCGAUGUUCACGCUCUUCUACCUGUUCCCUGCUUCUUGGAACUCGGACUGGGCCAUUCACCCCAUUAUCAUGAUCAUUGUGGACGGACUCAACGCUGUGUUCUUCUUCUGCGCUGCUAUUGCGCUGGCUGCGAAGCUGGAAGCCCACUCAUGCACGAACAAGCAAUACCUCAUUAACAACGAAAUUACCAACGGCGCCCACAACAUGACCAAGCGCUGCCGUGAGGCCCAGGCAUCGACUGCCUUCCUGUGGUUCGGCUGGGCUGGUUAUAUGGCCUCCGUCGUUAUUUCAGUCUUCAUGUCCCGCACCUCUACCUCGACCAUGCGCGGCCGCUCGGGCAGCCGUCGCCGCCCCAACAUGGCCCAGGUCUAA